CACAGCGCUAUCUUCACGUUAUAGCGCAGCCUACGAUCCUCAGUCCGGUGUGUGUUAUUUGUUAUUACGCGGUGCAGCGAGCGUUCAGCCGAGCACCGACUGUGGAGUUUUAUAUUUAUAUUUCUGUUGUUUUUGACACUGCGAAGCGUACACUAACAACAUGGAUGGGAAACUGAAGCAGGGUCGGAGAUGCCGAGCCAAGCGGGAUAGGGUGCGGAGGUUGCGGGAGACAGGAAGCAGAGACGCCCGCAGCCCCGACCCCAACUCCUCCUGCUCCGACAGGGAGGGACACAGUCCGGGGAGGGACGCCGCCUCCCUGCCCGGUAAAAAGGCGCCGCACCCCGCAGCCGCCGCCAGAGCUCCACGUCCCCCCCGGCGGAAGAGACGGGAGUCCAGCUCGCAGGAGGAGGAUAUCAUUGAUGGAUUUGCUAUCACCAGUUUCAUCAGCCUGGACCGUCUGGAGAAGAAGACCGGAGUUGUGAAGACACAGGAGAAGAAGGAGCGGUGGAAGGAGAAAAAGGAGGUGAAGCGGCAGAAGAAGGAAGACGAGGAGGUGGAGGAGGAAGAGGAGAAUGUCCAGCCAGUGGUGGAUCCCCUGGAGAACGGCUUCCUUCAUCACGCCCAGCGGGAGCAGGAGAGGAUGAACGAGAGGCUGCUGAAGAAGACGUACUCCAAGAAGAACAAAAUGAUUAAACCCUUAGCCCUACGUCCGGUCAAAGUCAGCGAGGACGAGACAGUGCAGGAGCUCAGCCGACCGCACAGGAGCAACUCCAAGGAGCAGCUUAGCGAGAGUUCCACUCACUCGCUGUCAGGCCGUGGCUACUCGGUGCAGCCAGCAGCAGUGGCCCUCCUCAAGUGUGACAGCGAGAGUGACAUUGACGACAAGGUGUCUGAUGUAGGAUCAGAGAAGCUCUUUUCCCCUACCACACCCAAAGGUGUGCCAACGAAUGAGAGUCCAGAGUCCAAGACUUGUAGCUCAGCCAAAGUAUCAGGGCUCCAGCGCAGCCAGGAACAGAGCAACAGUGAGGUGCCCUUCACACCUCCCGUGCCUAGCCCCACCCCGGCUUCUGCGCCGACGGGCUCCCCUGCCCCCGCUGCAGCGGCAGCCCCCCUUGAGCCCCCUAGGUCACGCCUCCCCACACCGCCUCCUCUCAGUGUCAAGAAGGAGCAGCAUCCUCCACCCCCUGUCCCUACCCCUCCCCUGUUGAGGCCACCACCCCACCCCCAGCCCCACCCUCCUCACCCACACUCGCACCAGGAGCCCCGUGUUCUUCCUCCCCCACAGCACCACGCAAGGCCAGUAAUCAGCCACCACCAACACACCCACCAGCACACCUUCACGCCCUUUCCCGCCAGUCUGCCCCCGGCCGCCAUCCUCACCCCGCCCACCGCACCCCCCAUGGUGCGUACCCAAGCCAGAAAUUUCGACAAAUACACCCCCAAACUGGACAAUCCAUUCAUCAGACAUUCAAACUUCUUCCCCUCCUAUCCCCCCACCAUGCCAGGCAUGCCCCCGCUGCUCCCACACUCAGGACCCUUCAGCUCGCUGCAAGGAGCCUUCCAGCCCAAGGCAUCUAAUCCCAUCGAUGUAGCGGCACGUCCUGGAGCAGUACCUCACACACUCCUACAGAAGGAUCCACGGAUAACAGAUCCAUUCAGGACAUCUGUUAGGAAACCUGGCAAGUGGUGCGCAGUGCAUGUCCAGAUCGCAUGGCAGAUCUACCACCACCAGCAGAAAAUGAAGCAAAUGCAGCUGGAUCCUCACAAACUAGACAUGAAUGGGAAGCUGGACCUGUUCAGUCGACCCCCAGCUCCAGGAGUCUUCCCUGGGUUCCCGUACCCCCAUGACCUGGCACGACCCCUCUUCUCUUCCACAGGCUCUGGCCACCCAGCUCCCUCUCCAUACGGCCCCGCCCCCCACCCCAGCGGCUUCCUGCCUCCUAGCCAUUUGGCAGGUAAGUAUCCUUUCAGUCGCUCCAGUUCCUUUGGCGGCCUCGGCAACCUUUCAAGCAGUGCCUUCGGAGGAUUAGGCAACCCCUCGCUUGGGUCCAACAAUAUGUUUGGCACCAAGGAGGGGCCAGGAGGACUGCCCACGUUUGGCAGCCCCCACCACGACACCUGGAACAGACUUCGACGCACCCCGCCGUCUUUCCCCACUCCGCCACAGUGGCCGAAAACCGCAGACGCAGAGAGGAGCAGCUCAGCCAACAGCCAUGAGAGAGAGAGAGAAAGAGAACGGGAAAGAGAGAAAAGAGACCCGUCCAUCAGUAAAGAGGAGAAGGAUAAAGACAGGGAUUCUGUGGAUCGCAACCGCCACUCCAACCGUUCAUCUCCAGCCUCUGCACCAGUCAGCUACCAGAUCAGCAACCUGAUUCGCUCGAACAGCCAGAACUCCAGUGAUUCGGGUCGACAUCACACUGGCAGUGUAGACCGGGUCCGUGAGGCAGAGAAGGAGCUGCUGGAGCGCCACAGAGAGUCUUCCACACUGGCUGACGUGAAGGUGAAGGAGAGCCGCUCGCCUGGCAAGGAGAUGCUGGAGAGGAGAUCCUCAGAAGACUCCAUCAAACCCGCUCAACGUUCUCCUUCUCCAUACUCCAAGGGAGUGAUCAAUGAGCAGGGCAUGAAGAUGGCAGGCGGUCCCCCACCUACACUCAAGGACAGCGAGAGGAAAGAGCCCCCACCUGCUGAGCUCCUUCACAAGGUUAAAAAUGACAUGAAGAUUAAGGAGGAGAGGAAGGAGGAGCAGGAGGUCAUGGUGGUGAGUUCCGAGCCUGCCCCCCAACCGCCAGCCCAAGCUCUUCCUGCUCACAUGAGCCAACCUGCAAACCCGCAUCACCACCACCCACCUUUGUCUCAGCAGCCCCCUCUUCCCUCACCACGUGGCAGUGACAUCCCAGCACCUGGCAUGCAUGGUGUCCCCAUGACACACUCUCUGCCCAUUUCCAUGAGUGCCAUGCCCCAGAUGGGCAGCCUCAAUGUGCUAGACCGUGCUCGCAUGGCUCCUUUCAUGGGAGUGAGCCCCCUGGCAGGAAGAGAGCGCCUGCCCCACCCUGCCUUCCCUUGGGACCCAAUUAGAGAGGCCUAUCGCAGCCUGGACCUGCAGCGGCGCAUGGACUUCCAGCUCAGGGCCGAGCAAGGACAUCGUUUCCCCAGUGUGUACGAGCAGGAACGAGCCUACCGCGAGAGGGAGGCUCACGACUACUCUCACCACGAGCACCUGUUGGAGGUGCGCAGGGAGCAUGAGAGGAUGAGACAGCAGGCAGAGGAGCGAGAGCGCCUCCACCUGAGGGAGGAGCUGGACAGAGCCCGCCUCCAUCAGCUGCAUCAGUCCCCCAUGGAGGGCCAUCUACCCCACAUGCCCCCCUUUAUGCCCCACCUAGGCGGCAUGCCCUACCCUAGACUCAGCCCCUCCACAGGUCACAACGGCCCUUUGAACAGAACACCCCCCACUGCUGCACUCAGUGCACCCCCGCCCCUCGUGCCAGCCGGCAGUGCCAGGCCAGCCUCACCCAGGAGGACUACCCCCCUCACCACCCAGGACCCACGGGACUACUCCCCAUCUCGCAACCCCAAAGAGGUAGAGGCUCGGUAGCUUCUUAGAAAAGUGCACAAAGUCUUACUAGACGCACUCACUCCCCUAAUCUGAAAUCUUCUUGUGAACAAAAUGCACUGCUCUUCACCCGAGAAGAGCAAAACUCCCUAAGGGAAAGGGUAUGAUUGUACAAAGUAAAGGUGUGUAAGGCUGAUUAAGCACAUGCCAUGACUUUAUUUUUAGUGGACUGGAGGUUGAAUAAUGUCGGUAAAGAGAACACAAAUAUGUGUAUGUUUAUAUCCGACUUAAAUAUUUGAUAAUUAUUAAUAUAUUAAUCCAAUACCUUUUUUCAGCUUUGUGCGAAAAGAGAGGUCCUGAAAUGAGUUUGUACAUUUCCUAUCCUUGUUCCAUGUAUAGAUAUCAUUUCUAUGAAUUUUAUGUAUUUUGUGCAUUAGUCACAGCUUUUACAAUAUUUAUCCCAGUUGAUUGUGAGACAUAUCCAUUAUGACACACUGUAAAGACUGGAUUUUGGUUUCAACCUUCAGUAAUUUAACCUCAUGGUACCAGGAUAUCCUCAAUGAUGACAAUGUACAAUGUUACAUUACCAAUUUUUUUUGUUAAUUUGUUUUGCCUUUGAGAUAUGCAGAUAAAUAUAUAUUAUGAGGUCUUUGUUCAGUCUCUGUAAAGAAAACUGAUGUAAAUAUCUUGUUGAUAUUCCUUCGCUGCAAAAUUACUGUGUAAAUUUAUUAGUCUUUUUAACCAUUUCUAGAAAAACAAAAUUAAAUGAAACAUGGGGAGUCACUUCCCUGUUGAAUAUCAUGGCAACAGACAAGCCUGGCCAAUUGACGGGAAGUAUGACAGGAGGGUGUUGUAAGGGGGCCUAGAAGGAUCAUCUGCAAUCUAUGCAAAGCAGCACACAGCACCCUAAUGAAGAGAUCGCGUGGAGGGAGCAGACGAUACUGGUGAAACAGAGAGAAACUUGGAUUAACACAUGUUUAUAUUAUCAAUGAAAUAAUGAUGGAAUUAUUAAAAGACUUCCAAGUCACAAACUGGACCAGCCCCAGACAGAAAAGAAGGACACUUUUUAGUGGGCAGCAAAAGGACUUUCUCUGUCAACCUUGUGGUGUUGUGCAGUUGUUUUUCUUAGACUCUUGUAUACAAAACAAGUAGAGUUUUAGGCGUGCAAAAAAAUGAAAAUGAACAUUCAUGGUUUAAAAUGUACGGAAUAAAGUUUGGACCUAAUGUCA